GUUCGAUUAAAACGAACUCUGGUGCGAUUGUUCUGUUAAUGCGGUUCAUUUGAACAAGUGUGAACGCUGCCAUCCGAACCUUAGUGCGCACCAAACAAGCGGACCGAGACCUCCUGAAUAGUGGGUCUCGGUCCGCUUCCAUACGAGCUCUGGUGCGGUUCGAUUGAUAUAUGGACGCAACAUGGACCAAAGACGUCUAAACGGACCAAAAACACUAAGCUGGGGUCAGAGUGCAGGGUCAGCCAUGAUACAGCGCCCCUGGAGCAGAUAGGGUCAAGGGCCUUGCUCAAGGGCCCAACAAUGGCAUCUUGGCAGUGUUGGGGCUUGAACCCCCGACCUUCUGAUCAGUAACCCAGAGCCUUAACCUGAAUUUGGACAAUGGAGAAUAAAAACUGUUACACUCGGGGUUUGUGGCUUCAGGCAGGACAAGACAUGCAGAGGAAAACUAGAAGAAAACUCAUGCAUGCAUGGUGCUCAGUAAAGAAGAGUCUACUAGUGGUGACGGAGCAUUAUAAGCAUCAGGUUUGACUCACAAUGCUACCAACAGGUACUGUAAGUAUGUAAGGACUUGUACCUUACAGGAUCUUGUUGGACAAAAAUUUGGAUAUGUCCCUGGGUGUAAGAUGAAUCAUCAAUAUUUUGGUAAAGUGAAUUUGGUGCCCUCCAUCCAUGCUGCCAUAAGGUCCUAUCCAUCCAUAGGAUUAAACUAGGCUCGGUUCCAGCUCUAAGAUGUAAGGUGGGCCAUAGGACCUUCUGGGUGUGUCGAACAGUUGGAGGUGUUGGUGUGAUUGUCAAGGUGGGCCAAGCACAUGAAGUGGAGCCAGGCCUGGAUAAAACCAGAUCCAAUGAGAAGAAUUUGUGUAAUAAAUGGGGGCAGCAAUGUCUUGACAGAAACACAUUUUUGGCAGUAUCCAGGUAUAAUUUUAUAUAUGUACUGUAACUGACUUAGUUGAGAUUAAAGUCAGCUACUAUUUCUCUCUCUCUCUCUCUCUCUCUCUCUCUCUCUCUCUCUCUCUCUCUCUCUCUCUCUCUCACACACACACACAUACACAGUUUUCAGUUGAAAGUGCUUUAAUGGCAUGACAAAUAUUUGUACAUUCGUAAUACCAAAGCGUUUACAGCUGUCCUACAUAAAAAUAAAACGGCGCAAAACAAUGUGCAUAAUAUAAGAAAAAAAGACAAAAUAUACAAUGUAUACUUGACAUAUAAAGUAAAAAUCUCAUAUGUGUAACUGAAAUUGUUGAGAUGAAAGUCAGCUGCUCUCUCUCUCUUUCUCUCCCUAUGUUAGCCACUCCUACCUUCAGUUCAGUUCAGUGAAAAUGAAACAGAUUCCUACUUCCUGCUCAGCCUGGGUGUGGGAUUUAGCUGCUUUGUGUUUACUUUGUGUUUUAUUCUGUAUAUUACUACAUCUUGGCUGUUGAGCUGCAUUUUUGUGUGCAGUAGCCUACAAUGGCAGAGUCCAGUGUUUCUUUGUCUCAGGACCAGUUCAGCUGUUCAAUCUGUCUGGAUCUUCUGAAGGAUCCAGCGGCCAUUCCCUGUGGACACAGUUACUGUAUGAGCUGUAUUACAGACUACUGGGAUCAGGAUGAUCAGAAGAGAGUCUACAGCUGCCCUCAGUGCAGACAGACCUUCAAUCCAAGACCUGUUUUAGGUAAAAACACCAUGCUGGCAGAAGUGGUGGAGAAAAUGAAGAAGACAAAACUCCAAGUUGCACAACCUACUGAAUGUUAUGCUGGACCUGAAGAUGUGGAGUGUGAUGUCUGCACUCAGAGAAAACACAAAGCUGUCAAGUCCUGUAUGGUGUGUCUGAUCUCUUACUGUCAAAAUCAUCUUGAACAACAUGAGAAUCUCUUCAAAGGUAAGAGACACAAUCUAAUGGAUGCCUCUAUGCGACUUCAGGAGAUGAUCUGCCCUCAACAUGAUAAACUGAUGGAAAUUUACUGUCGUACUGAUCAGCAAUGUAUUUGUAUCCUUUGUAUGGUGGACAAGCACAAAAACCAUGACACUGUAUCAGCUUCUGCAGAGGGGAUUGAGAAACAGAGACAGUUGCAGGAGUCACAGAAAACAACCAAGCAGAGGAUCCAGCAGAGAGAGAAGGAGCUUCAGAAGCUGAGAGAGACUGUGGAGUCUCACAAGCGCACUGCACAGGCAGCAGUGGAGGACAGUGAGAGGAUCUUUACUGAGCUGAUCCGCUCCAUUGAGAGAAGCCGCUCUGAGGUGACACAGCUGAUCAGAGAUCAGGAAAAGGCUGCAGUGAGUCGAGCUGAAGGACUCUUGGAGCAACUGGAGCAGGAGAUUGCUGAUCUGAGGAGGAGAGAUGCUGAACUGGAGGAGCUUUCCCACACAGAGGAUCACAUCCAUUUCCUCCAGAGUUUCCAGUCUCUCUCUAUCCCUCCUGGAUUAACAGAUUUAUCCAGAUUCACUAUCCCUCCUAUCAUCACUUUUGGUGAUGUAACAGACCUUGUCUUGCUACUGAGAGAGAAUGUGGAGGAUUUAUGCAGACAGGAGAUGAAAAAGAUAUCUGGAAUUGUUAUAUUCCUCGAGCUUGUUUCCACAUCUGAACCCAACACAAGGGAGGAGUUCCUACAAUAUUCUCAUCAGUUGACACUGGAUGCAAACACAGCAUAUGAAUACCUCUGUCUUUCUGAGGGGAACAGAGUGAUCACUGAAUCCGACACAGCACAGCCAUGUCCUGAUCAUCCAGACCGAUUUGAUAGUUUGGCCCAGGUGCUGUGUAGAGAGAGUAUGUGGGGAUGCUGUUACUGGGAGGUUGAAUGGAAAGGAAGAGGUGUGGGAAUAUCAGUGUCAUAUAAGAGCAUAAGCAGGAAGGGACGGAGUGAUAACUGUGCGUUUGGGUAUAAUAAUCAGUCCUGGAGUUUGUAUUGCUUUCCCACCAGUUACUCCAAAUACUCAUUCUGGCACAAUCACAUUGAGACUGAACUCCCUGUCAUCUCUACAUCAUCUAGAAUUGGAGUGUUUUUGGAUACAAUUGCAGGAACUCUGUCCUUCUACAGCAUCUCUGACACAAUGACACUCAUCCACAGAGUCCACACCACAUUCACUCAACCUCUCUAUCCUGGAUUUAGAAUUUAUGGAUCACUGAAGCUGUGUAAUCUAGCUAAAUAGAUGAUUUAGAGAUGAUACAAACAACAAUAUCAAAUUGCAUGUUGGCGCUCUAAUAAUGUUGUGAUGUGAUAAUGUAAAGUCCCUUAUUUUCUGAUCAAUAAACUACUUAUUGAAAUAACAGAAAUAACACAAGCUAUUAUUAGAGUGAAAAAUUUUCUCAGAUGUAUCUAAUAAUGUUUGUAGUGUAGGAGUGAGAGAAAAAUGAAUGUGGAAGAACCUUCAUUGACACUAACAAAAAUAAUAUUCAUGCUGUCACUAUGCUGUAAAUAAAUACAUAAAAAACACUACAAACUAGAGGUCAGUAGGUCAUGCAUUUGCUUAUUUAAACGGUUGAUGAUGCUGCUGUUCAUUCUGUUCAAAUAUUACACAUUAUGCGGCCUUUUUGGAUUUAUGACAUGACAGUGGUGAUGUAAGAUUAUAAGCAUCAACUGAGCUUUUGCAUGGCUAGCUGUUUUGCCAUUGCUGUUAAUGGGGAAAACAAUAAUUGUGAUAUAUUCUUUCUUUUCGCUCUUCAAAUGUAAAGACUUUUAUUUGGAUCAAAAAAAUAAAAAAUAAACAGUUGAGUUUUCUGUGGAUCUCA